AUCUAUUUCCCUUCCUUUCUUUUCCUUUCUUUUCCCUUCCUUUCUUUUCUCUUCCUUUCCUUUACUAAUAAUGAACCAAAUAGGGCCUAAGAUUGUUUAGAAAUUUCUCCUGACCCUUAGCAAAUAUUUUCUGGAGCUCCAAGCCCGCAAAUGGCUGCAAGGCGUGCAACUACUAUUCAGAUUUUCCAUUUCCCAAAUUUAAUACUCUUCGUAUGAUGCUCUUAAUCAGAAUGCAGUUUGUUCAGCCCCAACAUUGAUUCUGGAAACCGUAAAGCAGGAAGAUUUUCGAGUUUGUACUCUUUAGUAACAGUUUGGCAGGGGAGAGGUAGUUUCUAUCAUGUUGUAUAAAAGAAGCAUUCUCUUCUCAGUUCUUGUUGGUAGCAGACCUCCGUCUCUGGCUCUUGGGUUUGCCUCAAUUUCCUCUCCUCAACCGGACAUUAAGACCUUUUCUGGAUGUCUUACCUUCUUAAAAUUGUUUGCUCAGCGCUUCGACCUGUACAAAGGCAAAGAACUCCAUUCAUGGAUGUUCAGACACAACUUUUUGGCCUCCCCUUUAUCAAUUACGAGCCUUGUCAACAUGUAUUCCAAGUGCCAUCACAUAUCCUAUGCUUUUUCCGUGUUUCUGACAUCCAAAGAUAUUCAUAACGUUUAUACAUACAAUGCAAUCAUUGCCGGGUUUGUUGGCAAUAACUUACAUGACAAAGCUUUUGAGCUUUAUAUGCACAUGAGGCAUCAAGGUAUACAACCAGACAAGUUUACUUUUCCUUGUGCAAUUAAAGGCUGUUCAGAAGCUAUAGAAGUGAAAAAGAUUCAUGCUUUGUUGUUUAAGCUUGGCUUGCAAUCGGAUGUUUUUAUUGGCAGUGCUUUGGUCAACUGUUAUCUGAAAUUCAGGGCUAUGAGUGAAGCUUAUUACGUGUUUGGUGAGUUGCUUGUGAAGGAUGUUGUGCUUUGGAAUUCUAUGAUCAACGGCUAUGUUCAUAUUGAGGAAUUCGGAAUGGCUUUGGAAGUAUUUAGGAAGAUGAAUGAAAGUGAAACUAUAUCGAAUGACUUCACAGCUACAGGGGUUUUAUCAGCUUUGGCUAUGAGUGCAGACAUUAUCAACGGCCGUUCAAUGCAUGGCUUUGUGAUAAAGAAGGGUUAUGAAGCGGUUGUUUCAGUCUCAAAUGCACUGAUUGAUAUGUAUGGUAAAUGCAAAUGUGUUGAAGAUGCUGCAGGGAUCUUUGAGUGUACGGCAGAAAAGGACAUAUUCUCAUGGAAUACAGUUUUAAAUGUUCAUGAACAAUCUGGUGAUCAUCAUGGAACAGUGGAACUUUUCCAUAGGAUGUUAGACGGGGGUGGUAGACCUGAUAUAGUCACUAUUACAACAGUACUUCCUGCUUGCUCUAAUUUGGCUGCUUUGUUAUAUGUUAAGGAGAUCCAUAGGUACAUGAUUGUUAAUGGUCUUGGGAGUAGCAGAACUGUGAGUGAUUUUGAUCAUUUGCUUGUAAACAAUACUCUUAUAGAUGUGUAUGUAAAAUGUGGUAGCAUGAGGUAUGCUUACAUGGCUUUUGACAAGAUGAAUGUCAGAGAUGUGGCAUCAUGGAACAUUAUGAUCAUGGGAUUUGGCAUGCAUGGUCAAGGGAAUGAGGCACUAUCUAUGUUUGACUUCAUGUGUGCGGAAAAAAUUGUACCUGAUGAGGUCACAUUCAUUGGUAUUCUGUCAGCAUGUAGUCAUGCAGGCCUUUUGAGUCGUGGCCGUGAAUACUUAUUGCAAAUGGAGUCUGUAUAUGGGUUGGUUCCAACUAUUGAACAUUAUGCCUGUGUUGUAGAUAUGCUUGGUAGAGCAGGCCAGCUUGGUGAGGCUUAUGAAUUGCUUUUGACAAUGCCUAUUGAGAGUAAUGCUGUUAUAUGGAGGGCUUUCUUAGCAGCAUGUAGGCGCCACGGAAAUUCUACUUUUGCCGAGGUUGCUUCCAAGCAUAUGUAUGAACUGGACCCCGAACACUGUGGGAGUUAUGUAUUAAUGUCAAAUAUUUAUGGUGCAACUGGUCAAUAUGAAGCCGUGUCAGAUUUAAGAUUGACUAUGAAGGGACAAAACAUAAAGAAGAAUCCUGGUUGCAGUUGGAUUGAGGUCAAUAAUAGUGUGCAUAUCUUCAGGACUCGUGACCAGGAACAUCCUGAAGCUGACUCAAUCUACACCAGUCUGGACUCAUUGCUUGCUCCUCUUUUUGAGCAUGGAUAUGCUCUGUCUAUCUAAUAAAUACCCUGAAAACAAAAGGAUGAGGCAGAAUUGAAAUCUUUUUCUUGAAUAUGAUGGAAAGAUGAAGCUGACAUGGGACUACACUUAUUAUGAUGGGUGGAAAAAGUUAGGAAUGGCACUGGAGGACUUAAUGCAUACGUCUCCAAGUGGAUACUCUGCAGUAUAUUGGAAGAAUGAUAUGAUUUGGCCGAUUCUGUUUAUGCAAUUGGUGGCUUACGUGGGGUAUUGAUCAUUGAUAACUUAACCCUCUGUUUUAGUUAUUCAAGCAGUGAGAACUAGCACACGACCCAAGGCCCCAGAGUGGCAGUUCAAGGCAUAGCUUCUCUGGAAAGCAAAAUUCUUGUCAAGCCGUCCAAAAGCAGCUCAAUGUUGCUGAGCUUUGUUGCAUUGGAGGAAUUUGAACAAUUUUGGGAGUAACAAAAAUCCCUGCAGAAUGUGUAUGAUUUCCUCAUUAUAAGUCAGGCAUUCAACGACACCAAUUCUUUUACUGGACAGUGAGACGAAUGGGACCGUGGCGCAAAGGAUGACACCCAACAGUUUCAACUGCAAAAUUCUAUGAUGUGUACUAGUACAACAUUACCAAAAUAGAUACCUAACUUGGUGGGUAAGCCGUAAGCAUACAAAACCAAAAGCUCCAGAUAAGGUAUAUUAAGUCAAGUGGGCAAAUGGUGAACUUGUAUCUCAAGCAAAGAAAAUAUGUUUGAAGGUUCAAUGGAGCAAAGCUCCUCUUUAUAUUUUUAGAUUCCAACACUUCAAUUAUCGUACAAUUUAUAUUGCUGGUUGUAACUGCUUGUUUAAGAAUUACAAAUCUUGGAUGACAACAGAGCUGGAAUCAGAUUACCGCUGCCCGCCAAUAAGUCUGAGAUUGCAGUAGCAAGUAAUGAUAAAAAGUAAGUAAAAGAGUUGUAAUAGCCAGCAACUCUGAUUUAUGAACAAAGGAGUUUACAAAAAAAAAAUUAAACAGGAACAAUCUCUCAAGUUUUAUCGAGAAUGAAGAAAUAUAUACCAAGUAUAUAUA